CAGCCCUUGAAGGCAACAGCUAUUACAGUGCAGGGUGUCAUGGCGCAGAGGAGGCCGAUUCGUUUUGCGGCAUCAAACUUUAAUUUCAGCUCGAUUUCUGCGGUAUUGCCGCCUAAUACUCUAUAAAAGCUACAACACCCGAUGAAAAGAAUUGCUGAUGAAAACAGCGUUCUGAGAACAACCGCCUGAAACUGAGACACCGAGAGAGGAGUGAUGGAAAAGCCAGUCUUGCAGACACAACCAUCCACCCUGCCUUUUUUUGACACGGCCCACGCCUUCAACCUGCUGCGGGGAAUCCAUGAACUCCGCGCAGAACGAAAGUUUUUUGAUGUGACUCUGUGUGCUGAGGGCCGCGAGUUCCACUGUCACCGCACAGUGUUGGCCGCUGCCAGCACUUACUUCCGGGCUAUGUUUGCAGGUACUUUGAGGGAGAGCGUCAUGGACCGGGUGGUUCUGCACGAGGUGUCGGCCGAGCUUUUAGGCCUUCUGGUAGACUUCUGCUACACGGGGCGGGUCACGGUCACUCAGGACAAUGUGGACGUCCUGCUGAAGACGGCCGAUCUGUUUCAGUUCCCCUCUGUCAAAGAGGCCUGCUGUGCCUUUCUCGAGCAGCGGCUGGAUGUGUCUAACUGUUUAGAGAUCCAGGACUUUGCAGAGGCCUACGCUUGCAGAGAGUUGGCGGCCAGUGCUCGCCGCUUUGUUCUAAAAAACAUAAUGGAGUUGGCUAAAGGGACGGAUUUUGAGCGGUUGCCAUGGAAGCGCCUCCUUGAGUUUGUGUCAGACGAUGAGCUUUGCGUGGACAAGGAGGAGACAGUUUAUCAAAUUGCAGUGCGUUGGGUGAAGGCUGAUCUGCAGCGGAGGCUGCACUACUGGCCCGAGCUGCUCCAGCAGGUCCGACUCCCCUUCGUCAGGAGGUUUUUUCUGUUGGCCCAUGUAGAGAGCGACCCACUCGUCUACCUUUCACCCACCUGCCUCCGCAUGGUGAACGAAGCUCGUAGCUUCCAGUCCUGUGAGUAUGACCGCCAUGACAGGCCUUGCCAUCGUAUGCGUCCACGGCCAUCCACGGGAUUGGCAGAAAUCCUGGUGGUGGUAGGCGGCUGCGACCAGGACUGUGAUGAGCUGGUCACAGUGGACUGUUACAACCCCCAGACUGGACAGUGGCGUUACCUGGCUGAGUUCCCCGACCACCUGGGAGGAGGCUACAGCAUAGCUGCCCUUGGAAAUGAUAUGUAUGUCUCAGGUGGAUCUGACGGCUCUCGCCUCUACGACGGCGUGUGGCGCUACAAUUCCAGCGUCAAUGAGUGGACGGAGGUGUCGCCCAUGCUGAAGCCCCGUGAGUACCACAGCUCUUGCGUGCUGAAAGGUCAGCUCUAUGUGGUGGCGUCGGAGAGCACAGAACGCUACGAUCACACUCUGGACUGCUGGGAGGCCUUGGCGCCCAUGCUGCACCCCAUGGACAACUGCUCCACCACCACAUGCGGUGGGCGCCUGUACGCCAUCGGCUCGCUGACUGGGGAGGACACCAUGGCCAUCCAGAGCUACGACGCAGACACCAACCGCUGGAGCGUGGUCAGCUGUGGGCAGCUGCCGCCGUGGUCCUUCACACCGAAAACUGUGACCCUCAAAGGCCUCAUCUACUUUGUGAGGGACGACUCAGCUGAGGUCGAUGUUUAUAACCCUCAAAAGAACGAGUGGGACAAAAUCACUCCGAUGACCCAGGUCCACGUUGGAGGCAGUGUGGCAGUCCUGGGCGGUAAAUUAUAUGUGUCUGGCGGAUAUGACAACACGUUUGAGCUGUCAGAUGUGGUGGAAGCGUACGACCCGACCACCCGCGCGUGGAGCCUGGCUGGACGACUACCUCAGCCAACCUUCUGGCAUGGCAGCGUCAGCAUAUUCCGCCAGUUCAUGCCCCUGGUGUCCAGUGCGUUCGAACCUACUGACAUACCUGAGUCAAACGCCAUUCACUUGCACCGGCACCAACGUCACCAAGCGCUCCACAAUCUCAACAACAAUCUGAACCAAAACCAGAACCAGGAUGUGAACCCAGCGCACUGAGAUUAGACCUAGAAAUCCCUGCUACCUUUUCAGUCUCUUCUCCCUCAUUGUUCUAAGAGUAGUUUACCUCAUCACAGUGCUUUGUUGUUAAAGGCAGGAGAGAAGACUUAGCAGGUACAAAGUAGUCUGAGCUCCUUUGAAUACACUUGACUGCCAAGCUGUUAUACUGACAGUUACCAAGUCUGUUGAUCAGAUGAAUUGGAAAAUGACCUGGACUUUCUUAACCUCAUCUGGUCUCACUGUGUGGGAGACGGUAUUGGAUGGAUCUCACAGAUACAUUUAGGGAAGCGGUUGCCUUUCAUGCUCUUAGUUAAGGGGUGGGGAAGUUAAAACCAAAACCGGGUUAUGCUCGAUCGUAACUGAUUUGCACAAUAUGUUGUCCAGUCACAUUGGAAAUCAGCUGUCCGACUGUUCUGACUGGCUACACAAAAGCAGAGAGAAAAGCUGGCCUUCAAAAGGGGGUGGUGUGAUAUUUACAUAAGGGGAUAACGGUGCACAUUUUCGGACAGCCAUUCGUACUGUCCCACUGGGUUGUUGAGAAGUAACAGAAAUUAUGUGAAGAAGCACACCGGCAGCUUCAUCUCUCACUUUUCUUCUCUUGUUUGACCACAUUUUUGAGAAAGCAUACAUGUCAUCUUUGUGUCGUUGUAGGAUUUUGUAGUUGAGCAUCUUCUUUGCCUCAUUCUGGUGCAUGAAGCAGUGACACGGGGCCUGUUACUCCCCCUGGAGGCCAGAGAACAGGAAACCACAGUUGUGGUGGUGUUUUCCAUUAGCCUCAAAGGGCAGCAACAAACCUAUUCUAAACAGAAAAUGGAAAAGUGACGCAAAGGUGAGACUUGCUCUUCAUAUUGCUUUACACCUGGUGGGUUUUGGUGUUUCAAGAAAAAAGACGGCUGCUUCCUUGAGCUUUUCUUUGUGAGCCAUCCAUGACUGUGGACACGGUGGAAGAAACAGCCCACACUUGUUUCUGUGUAUGGGCAUCUCUAUGUUGAGUCACAGUGGUAUUGUUUUUGUACAAAUUUGAAUUUAAAAUGUUUCGAGGGAAACCUCACCGGUUUUAAACAUCAAAGUAUGUUAAUAGGUUAUUGGCUACCAUUGCAAUAUGGGUAAAGUAGGUAUGAAGUUUUGACCAUGAGGAAAAGUGAAAGACAAACAACAAUCUCCUGUUGCUGCUGUGAUUUUGAUCCCCUUUUUUUCUUUUUUUAAAUUGCCCAUCUUGAAUCGUUCAGUGUUUCAGGAGUGUAAUUCUUAAGAAGUGGGGUAGUCAAAUAGACAGACAAAUAUUCGGCCAUUAAAAAAGAAACAAUAAUCUAUUUACAUUCCAAAAAUGACAGCGAUCAUAAUUGACAUUUAGCACUAAAUAGACAUGUCACUGAAUAAGAUGGGUUGAAAUGUCUUGUACUCAGAAGGUGUGCUGAGAAAUCUUGUGUCAUCACAGUGGAAUUUCAGGAUGAUUGCAUGGUGAUGUUAACUUAGUGGGUUGAUAAUCUGUUGCUCAUGUGAUAGUUACGCUGCAGUGCAUCUCCUCGUGUCACUCCAGACCCUUAAACUGGGCUCCACCAGCCUCUAUAACCACCAGUCAAAUGUGCAUGAAGAAUUUUCUUUAAUAGUUGUAUUUAUGAAUGUUUUGUAUGUUUAUUUAUGGAUAUAUUUGUGCUGUGGUUGCUUAAGAUGUUCUGACCUGUCAGUUGCAACACAGAAGCACUUGGUGAAUGUUGGUGAUGGGACGCCAGUCAUAACUGGAAGUGCUAAACAAUCUCAGUUUGUUCUCAUGUAAAAUUAUUUGUGCUUUAAUGGUGUUAGUAUUUUUGAGUGUUUUAUGGUAAUGUUAAUGCAUCCUUGUUUUCUUAGUUUUCAUACAAGUUUUUGAGGUUGAAUCAGUUUUGUAAAUACAGUCUAUUCUUAAUCUUAUGUGCUGUGUUUGUAUAAUGUUUACAGUGUGGUGAUCGUGAACGAAACUGCAGGCAGAUCUGAGAGUUUAUUCUGCUCAGGCACAUCUGAUGAGCUUCAAGCAUUUUGCUAAUAUAUUUCUUAGAAACAAUGGACAGUAGUUGAAGCUGAGCAUGAAGACAAGCGCAUUUUUUUAUAAAUAGCGAGAGUAAACUAAUGUGUUCACUUACAAAGCUGAAUAUUUUAACAUAAAACAAUUAAAGUGUGUAAUAUCUUAAUUACAAA